AUGAACGUUGGGCCCAAAAGGAGAUGGAGAAUUCACAAGGCACGAUAUGCCGGUAAGCGAAGUGAGAAAUCAAAGAGGAAUGACUGUGGUGUUGUCUUAGGCUGUUGUUUACGAAAAGUAAAAAAACCCAGACAAAAACAGGGAGGAACUGGCAAUGGGCCACGGACAUGAGAUAAAGGUAUGGAACAUACUGUCUGUCUGCUCUGAGGUAUGACUGAAAAGGGCUUUCUUGAUGGUGGUCCAGGAUGAGAGCAGGAGGAGAGCGGUGGAGAUUUAAUCCUUCUCCAAGCCAGCCCACAGACGGCAAUGGGGGAAGAAGACUAUAAAAAGGACUUUCUACAUGCCCUCAGUGUUCCAGGACUAGAGCUACAGCUUGACUCCCACAGCUCUUGUGUGAGGCACGAUCAACCCAUGUGAAGGGCCUUGUGAGUAUGGAUGAAUGAAUGUGUAAGUGUUUGAACCUCUUGGUACCAAUGUAUUAAUGUACACUUGACUAUUUGAAAUGUUACAUGAAAGGUGUGUAAACCCAGAUCUGGUCUCCAACGUGUCUUACUGAAAGUCUUCUCCAGAUGUCAGAAGAACCAAGUUAUUUGGUGACACCUUGCCUCUGUUCUCCAGCCAAGCAGGCAGGCUGCCUCCUUUCUCCCUGUGCCGGUUUCUGGCAGCGGAGGGAGUGGCUGUGGCUUCACCCCAGUGCCUUGCAGGGCCAGGACCGAUGCUGCUUCCUUUUUAACAUUGUGAUGUAUCACAACAUCACAAUGUUGACCUGGUGAUACAUCACAAUGUUGAAAACCUGCUAUUGCCCAGCCCUAGGCCAGAGUAGUCAUGAAUCCACAAGAAUGUGUUUCAAAGCUUUACUGGAAACUGUUUUAGAAUAGUUACAAACAAACUUUACAAAGUAACCCAUUUGGUCUUUAACAGCAGUGUGGUCCCAUCUUCUUUAAGUCCUUAAAACUGUUCAGUAAACAGACUCCCACGAGAGGUUGUGGACUCUCCUUCCUUGGAGGUUUUUAAGCAAAGGUUGGCCAGCCAUCUGUCAUGGAUGCUUUAGCUGAGAUUCCUAAAUUGCAGAGGGUUGGACUAGAUGAUUCUUGGGUCGCUUCCAGCUCUAAGAUUCUAUGAACUUUCCUCUCUCUGGUCUCAGAGAGCAAGUUCCUAAGCAACUUGCUUUUUCAUCAUCUUGGAGCUUAGCCACUACAGCUACUGUUGCUGCUGGCUCCAUCACUGAUGCAGAUACUGUGGUCUCAAGUUUCACCUUCCUCCUGUGAGAGAUCUGAAGCUCCGGUUUCCAGGAUGAGCCAUCAAUUAGCCUAAAGACUGUGAAAUGGAAACAUCUAACCUUUUCUGCCAUAUUUGCCAGAGUGAAACUUUCUGUGCCCCAUGCAAACUUCUUUCUGCAAAAGAUUUUCAAACACAGCACAUGCAAACAUUAUAUUUUAUGCAUAUUAAACUUCUAUCUUUACCACUCCGUAGCCAUUUUCUCUCUCCUCUGCCCCUGGGGAGUGUCUCCUUCAGUGUAAAACUUGCUCUUUGGGAAAAGCAGGUAUCUCAGUAGCAGAGGGCAUGCUUUGCAUUCAAAAGUUCAAUCCCUGGCACCUCCAAUUUAAAGGAACAGUUCACAGGUGAUGUGGAAAGACUUCUGCAUGAAACACCUGGAGAGCUGUUGUCAGUCAAAAAAGACAAUAUGGGACUAGAUGGGAAAAAUAAUUUGACUUUGUAUAAGGUAGCUUCAUUUGGCAUAACAUUAGCAGAAGUCAGGAUCUUUUAAAUACCUUUGUUAGUGUUGCAAAUAAAAUAUUGUUAUAGAAGGAUAAUAAGCUCACAGCUUCCCCUAUUUGCCUAGCAAAAUUUAUUUAUUUUACAUUUUUCGCUUCCUGCGUAAAACCACAUCUUUAACAAUUAUCUCCCUUUGGCAACAAAUUCGAGUGCUGCCUAGCUGCCUUAAUGACCGGUACACUAAAUAUAACUAGGUUGUUGAUGGACACUCUUGCAGAGAGACUCUGGCCGUUUAUGAAAAUCACUGCAAAUGGCGGCCAAUUUGCAGACAUGUGGCUGAAAUGGGAACAGAACUGUACUGCAAAAUUGUAUUUCCAUAAUGCCCAAUCCAUAACUCUUCUUUUACAACCAUGGCCAAAGCGAUCUUGCUCAUAUAUUUGUCAGUGCUUUCAAACAGAGUUCUGUUUGCCACUUUUAGCCAUUUCAGAGUGUUUUGCUGGAGCUUGGAUGAGAAAAAGAAGGCUGAUUUCAACAACAUGUUUUGGAUACACAAUGCCUUUGCAAGGUUGGAUAUGUGCAUGUUGUAAUGUGCCCAUGUAUCUUUCCAACAUGUGCUUGGAAAUAACUGGGAGACUAUUGGCAGAAUAGCAUAAGUUGCUCCAGGCUUUUUGUUUCUUUCUUCCAACCAAGAAAGAAGACACAAGAUGAUAUAUUUGGCUAGAAGUCACAACUAUUAAAUAUUCAACAGGCUCAGCAACAUACGUGACAAAUAAGUCGAACUGCAGGCACCAUCUUGAGACCAUUAGACUUAUUGGGAAGUCUCCUGCUGGUGGGCAUUACCAAUAUUAUCGUCUUGUCCAUAUGUGUCCUUCAUAGUCUGUCCACCAAAAGAUGAGCUGAUGGGCCCCUGUCUGCCACAACCACCUUUGCUGGGCAUCAUUUGAUGGCCUUGAGGUGCUCAGGUCUGUCUCUUUAUUCCAGUCCUUUUGAGGGAAAUGGCAAUGGGAAGGAGGUUGAGCAAGCAUCCUUCAGUCUCCAGGUGCUUACCAGGUACAGGGACUGGGGAGAAAUUCUAUCCAGUUUUUGUUUAAGAAUGAACUUGCCUAAUUUACACUUUCUGAAGCAAUGCAUGAACUGGAUAGCCAUCCUUCAAAAUUUGCAAUUAUACCAAAAUUGCAAUGCAGUUCUCCAGCCAAGUAACAUCUACCAAAAUGCAAAUGGGAAACUGAAGUGUGACUAAAAACACAAUAUCAGUGAAAAGAACAUAGAAAAACAUGCAUUAUAUUAGCGAGAAUUGUUUUGCAAACAUGUCUAUUAUGAGACAUUUGCAGCCAAAUGCUGAUGAAUUUUCACGAGGCCCUUAAUAAAAAAAAAAUUGGAAACUGAUGUGGAAAUGGGAAACUGAGAAACUGAGAGUAACCUGGAUUGACAGAUUCACUCAACCCUUCCAGGGUACUCUAACACCAUUCCUCAGAUGCCUGCACAAUGCUCCUGUUGCACUAAAACUGCAUUAACAAAGCUGCCAAAUCAGAAUCAAUCACUACUCAAAGUGAUACUACAUGGCUAAAAAUGAUGUCCCGUGGCCAAUCAAAAUCCUAAUCAGCCUAGUUUAGAAUGGAGAAAGUGAGUGCAAUGCUACAUUUGAGUCCCUGUCAUGGAAAAAGGUGAGGAGAAGAAGAAGAAGAAGAGUUUGGAUUUGAUAUCCCGCUUUAUCACUACCCGAAGGAGUCUCAAGCAGCUAACAUUCUCCUUUCCCUUCCUCCCCCACAACAAACACUCUGUGAGGUGAGUGGGGCUGAGAGACUUCAGAGAAGUGUGACUAGCCCAAGGUCACCCAGCAGCUGCAUGUGGAGGAACAGAGACACGAACCCGGUUCCCCAGAUUACAAGUCUACCGCUCUUAACCACUACACCACACUGAAGGGAGGAGGAGGAGGAGGAGGAGGUGGUCAUCUGAAGAGACUGCAGGAAGAAACAGAUGUGCUUCCUACCCAAUCUCACACUGCAAUCAGUCAGUGCUCCCAUGCAUGUGCUAUAACCCUACAUUCCUAUGUCCCACAGAACAAGAGAAAUCAGCUGCUAUUCCAGCAGGAGCAUUCUGUAAGCAGAACUCUGAAAGCCUGGAUCAAACCUGCCACCUUUCUUAUAUGAACCUAGUGUAAUCUAUUGGCUGUUUUGCAUAUGGAUUUACAGUGAAGAGCUGUGAUGGAAGAUUAUAUAAUCCUUUUAUCAAUUGAACGAGGGGUUUCAACACAUGCUUGCAUGACAUGUGACUGCGCCAACCUGAACACAGCAGAACAAGGCAUUUGGGGUUUCAUAAAUCUCUGGGGUUUGCCAGCUGCCUUCAGCUACAAAAUCAAGGGGGCUUAAUCAAGUACCAGGAGGCUAGCGUAGAGGACUAGGGGGUUGCAUUUAGUAGAGCUGUGUGUGAAAUUCCACCUCAAAAUUGUCCACUCUGUUCAUGAUCAGAGUAAGGAGGGAGGCAGAUCACAGUGAAUUUCUCCAGCAGUAGCUGCAUUUUUCAAUUAUUUUGAAAAUAAUCAUCAGCAGGACAGUUUCUUCCUUCCAUUUUGUGGGUUUCUGUUGUUGCUGUUGCACUUGGCAACAGCUGCAACUGUGUUGACUGUCUGGCCAUGGUGUUGUGCAUGUAUGUGGUGGUGAAACCAGCUGCCAAGAAUGGUGGGGAAUAUUUAGAGAACAUUCUGCAAAGUGGCUUUCUUUUUCUACAGGUGAAGGAGAGAAAAGGAAGGAAUUGCCUUUUCUUCCCCUCCAGAAAACAUGCCUAAGAAAUUCCAGCUUACCAACGCUGUUGGUCCCAGGUUGUGCAGGCCUAAAUCAAAGUGUGAUGUAUGUGACAUAAUAAGCUGCUCCUCAGGGUAGAAUGAAAAGCUUUCCCUAUUCAAAGAUUGGCCAAACAAACAAACAAAACCCCAUCUUAAGUUGGAUACAAUCUCUGAAAGUUUGCAGGAGGUGUGCCCUCAAGUCAGAACAGUGUGUGUGCGUAUGUUUUCCCCUCUUCCUUCAAGGCAUCUGGAAUAGCUACAAGGAUGACAGCUGUGAUAAAUGCCUAAGGAAAUACCAGACAUGUCAAACGAAGACAGGGGUAGGAACUAAAGUUGGAAGGGUCACAAGUUGAUCUCUGCCUCUAGGAACCCUGAGAUGUGGAGUUUGCAGCGCAGAUGGUGCAACGGUUUUCCUACAGGAGGAUCUCAGAGACAAAGACCCGUCAAACUCCACGAGGAAAGAGAUGACGUAUCACUCCUUCAGAAAAGGCCGCAUUAAAAGAACAAUGCACUUCUAUAUAGCACUCAUCACCACCAUCAUUUUAAUGUUUGGCAACCGUGCGCAAUCUGUCAAGCACAGUUUGCAAAUUAAAAAGUACACCUUUAAAAGGAACUUUCUAACAGAUUGACUACCGUAUUUUCACUCUGUAAGACAUACCAGACCGCAAGACACACCUAGUUUUCGGGGGAGGAAAACAAGGAAAAAAACAUUCUGAAUCUCAGAAGCCAGAACAGCAAGAGGGAUCGCUGCGCAGUGAAAGCAGCAAUCCCUCUUGCUGUUCUGGCUUCUGUGAUAGCUGUGCAGCCUGCAUUCGCUCCAUAAGACGCACACACAUUUCCCCUUACUUUUUAGGAGGGAAAAAGUGAGUCUUAUAGAGCAAAAAAUACGGUAUCUCACAAAGACUGCUUCUGAUUCUUUGUCUGCCUAUUAGCGGCUCAAGGGAUAUUGUGGUGAUGGAGAAACAUGGCAUGCCACAGGGUGUGCAUCAAAGUUGUGAAAUGUUGCAGCCUUCUAGAUGCCAUUAGACUAACGCUCCCAUCAGCCUCAGGCAGCAUGAACAGGGAUGGCUGUUGCUGUAGUCAAGCAACCUCUGGAGGGAUGUAGUGUACAAGAAUACAACACAGUGCAUGUCCCUAUUGAUUCUGAAGCAUCAAUACAUUCCUUCUUCAGCAUCAGCCUUUUGACUAAGCAGGAUUUACUAGCUCAGGGCCCCUAUAUUGUUGGCUGAUGAUCAUUGAUAGCCCUAAAGUCACAGGACUGAGGGAGGGCUCCCCAUGUUGGUCCAUGCAGGCCUCGUGGAUUUGGAUGGGGAUGUUAGACAAAUCCUAAGCAGAGCUCCUGUCCCUAUCCCUUUUAGCUCCAUAGGCUUAGGGGGCAGAACUAAGGAUGCAAACCUUCAACUUCAAAAGAUGCCUUGGAAGUGCUCACCCCAAUGCCCCUUCACACAUACUGCAGCUGCAAUCGAUAGCAGCUGCUAGAUGGGCCAUUGGCUUGAUCCAGCAGGCUCUUUUUAUGUUUGCUGUAUUUGGAUCAGUGUGUGAUAGGUGGAAAACAACAACAACCCUGGAGACCCAUCACUAACUUGAGUUUCCAAACUCCAAAUUGCAACUCUUAUGCAGUCUUAUGUACUGGCAAGCAGAGGGAAUUGAACACUGAGACAAUGGACAGUUGUGUGCCUGAAUGUUAAGGGACUAGGAUUAAGGCAGAUCUUGAAUCAUAGAGUUGGAAGGCACCCUGAGGAUCAUCUAGUCCAAUCCCAUGCGAUGCAGGAAUAUGCAGCUGUCCAAACCUGCAACCUUGGCCUUAUCAGCACACCCACUGUAACCAGCUGAGCUAUCUAGCUAAUGGGACCCAAAAGAGAAUACUGGAGUCAAAAAUCAAGAUGACACACACAUACAAAAAAGGUGUAAAAACCUUUUGAAUUGUUUUGGAAGGGCACUAUAUACUUAUUUCAAAAGUAAAAGGAAUGUAGCUUUAAAACCCAUAUGCAUUUUAAUUAUGUGCAUGGCUCUAUUAAUUUAUCUCUUUUCAUGUGAUCUAGUAAUUCAUAUUUUACCUUUCCUGUCAUUGAUUCAUUGCUUUCUUUUUUAUAUUUCAGCAGGCAAUUAAAAGAGCCAGGACACCUUGUUCUUCUAUUAAUGUCUCUGGCAAAGUUUCUGGGUGUCUUUCAUUCCACCGCUGAAGCUCAGGAUAUCAUCUGAGUGAACAUUUCUUUACCUUCACUAGCAGGAAAGAUUUGUGAAUGUUAUUAUUCUGAGCACAAAUAAAUGGGGAGAGGGGACAAAUCGAGAUGUCCACUGGCUCCACCCUUCACCUCAACACAUUCAAUGUGCUUUUUCAACAGAAAGUCUAUAUAAAAGUCCUGAUUCCUAAACUUCCUCCAUGUUCCAUUUCUAUCUAGAAUUGACAUUUAUGUAGGGCUGUGAUGACUUACUAAGAGUCACCCAUGAGAUUCAUUGCAAAGUGGGGAUUCAAGUGCCUACACCCCAAACUAUACCCACUCUAUUUGUCUCUUUGUCCUUUUCCAUCCAUCUGAGGUCAAGCCUGACCAGAAGUCUCUCUCCACCUCUGAAUAAAUAUGCUCCAGGGCGACUUCUAGAUUAAAAUAAGAGCUCAGAAUAAAAUAGUCUCCCCAAAAUUCCCAAUGCACAAUUGAGAUAAUAAAUUAUAUAAGCACAGUUCAUAUAAUAAGCACUAAAAGCUGCCCGACCCCUGGCAGCUGAACGAUUUUGUCUAAAAACUGGAGUGGGUGGACUUCCAGAUGUCAACAGCUAAAAUGUUCCACAGAAAAAGCAGCGGCAUGGGAAAGGGGGUGGGGGGCGGUGCGCCCCAAGUUCCAUCAUGGACGGGGUAACAAAUUAUCAAGGAACAAUUACUGCUCUACUAGAGCGGUUCAUAAAAAGGCUCCAAAGGCCUUAUCUUACUUCACUAGGGAUUAUAUAGCUAUAUAUGAAAUUUCAUGCAUAUCAGUUAAUAUCUUGACCCUCCUCCACGAAAAUAGCUGUUUACUUGGCCUUUUUCCUAUGUCGUGAAGGCUGAAAUUUCAAUUCAGUGGAGCACUUACUGUUCCCAACCCUAACCCUGCAGAAAGCCAUCUAAUUAGACUUUAAUUUGAUUUUGACAUGUUUUUAGAAGGCAAUUUAAUUAUUGUUUGAUUUUAUACCAAUGUUAUGUAUCUGGUGUUAGCCGCCCUGAGCCUGACUUCGUCCGGGGAGGGCGGGAUAUAAAUAAAAGUUGUAUUAUUUUUAUUUUUAUUUUUAUUAUUAUUAUUAUUAUUAUUAUUAUUAUUAUUAUUAUUAUUUCCUUCGUAAGAAAAUAUGAAAUUACGUAAAACCAUUUUUGCAGGCAGAAAAAAAAUCAAUGUGUGUGUGGGGGGGGGAUAAGAAAUUUUCUGCACCGGGUACCACCUGACCUUCCUACGCCUCUGAGAAAAAGCCCUCUUCCUUGGGCCUACCAAUCUUGCUGACUUAGCUUGUGGACGAACAAGGAAAGCCUCUUUGACAGGCCUUAAAAGGGUGAGGUACUCCUUGCUCAAAUUGUUUAGUGCUCUAGUCUAAAGGUUCAAACCAGCACACUGUGGCCUGGAAGCUCAUUGCAACAAAUGCAUCUGAUCAUGGUCUUUUAUCGAACCAAUGAGGUGCUCCCACAGGUGCAUUUGCACCCUGCCCUUCCUGGCAAGCCACAGGAACACCAAGCAUAGAAGGUCAGUAGGUGCCACUGCCAUCCCACCCCACUGCUACUGCUUCUAAAUCAGGUGAUUGUACAAAGGACAUGUCAGUAAUAAUGGGGCAAGUCCUCAACUGAACAGAGAAACUCACCCCAGGAAGGAAGAAGAGGUAGAGAUGGAAGAAUAACUCAUGGCAUCCUCUUUGUACUAGCAGCCACAACACCAAGCUUUGCUGGCAUGUGUAUGGCUUCAUUCUCCUGCUAUGAGAAGUCAUUUCCAGGACAAACAAGACUCAGCUGUUUUCCCUCAAAGCUUUGUAGCCUUAUUAGACUUUACCAAUUGGUGGGCUCUGCGUUGCUCCCGGACAGGAGGAUGGAAGUCAAGUGACACUGAGGGUUGGUUCAGAGAAAGAAUUCCUUAUUUCUGCUCUCUGGAGCAGCAGAAAGGCACUUCCAUGGUCAGUCCACAGCAAGUCCAAAGAAAUGAGAGAUUUCAUGCAGUAUACAUAUCCUCCAGGCACCCUCUUCCCCCCUUCCCCAGGAAUCCAGGCACAUCAGCUUGUACACGCAGGUUGACAUCACAGAUGUUCCUGCUCCGGUACUCUUAACCAUAAAAGGGUUUUCCUUCCUGUACUUCUGACCAUAAAAGAGUAUUCAUGUUCCUAUACUCUUAUCUUGGAGCAAGAGGUCACCAACUCCAAGAACACACUCUGGCGCUGUUCCCGGACUAGGUCUGUGCGUCAGAGUGUGGUAAGAUAAGACCCAGACAUGUCAUCCCUACUCCACUGGAACAGCCAAGGUCACCCAUUGCCGUGACUGAUAAAGGAGAGAGCUUUGUUUAUACAGCUGUGUUCUUGUUAUGCAUUUGCUCAGCAGCUCAAGUUAAUGCAUUUUAGAAAUGCUCCCUUGGAGAAAGAAGAAAGGGGGGUUUGGGGUCCCGUUUCAAACUGACUACACAGAAACCCAUUCCUUCAGCUUAAUGCUAUGGCUGCCACCCAGGACAACAACAGGAUACAGGUGACCUGGCAGUUGCUUCUCCAUCUCCUAACUGCAGGGCAAGGUAAAGGCAGCAGACUCAUGUAGUAGCACACAAACAUGCUCUCCAUCUGUGAAAGGUUCUCUUAGUCUAUGUGUGCAGCUGAAUAUAGUGUUGCAUUUGCUUGAGUUUGCUGCUGUGUUGUUAUAUGUGCAUGAGCUUUUGGUACUUACAUCCCAGGCAUGCUCUUUAACAAACCCCGGAUAUGACCAUUAAUGAGGUAUACAACGUAUUUUACAGUUGAGGUGACAUAUUGUGCUCCAAAACAGUAAAAUAAUGAAGUCAUUAAAUAUUUGCUGUCUGUCAGUUAGCAGAGAACAAGCUGGCUAGAGACUCGGUUUUACCAUAAUGUCAUAUAUUGAAUGCAUGAGUUUACAGUCCGUAUGAGGAAAUGAAAGUCGGUAAGCUCAUAAGAAGGAUUUAUAGUCAUGCAGGUUUGGUGAGGGGAGGGCAACCUAAGUAGGAAAUAAUGCAGGAGUGACAAUUAUGACAUUAAAAAGGGGUUUCUAGUGUGUGGAAUGUGGUGACACCUUCCUUUCUUCCUUCCUUUCUUUCUUUCUUUCUUUCUUUCUUUCUUUCCUUCUUUCCCUCUUUCCUUCCUUCCUUCCUUCCUGAAUCAUAUGAAUAAUUUGUAGCAUUAUCACUGAAUUGUGCUUAAUGCAGAUUUGGAGGGAACAUAGGAAAUUGUCUUACCCUGAGUCAGAACACUGGUCCGUCUAACUCAGCACUGACUGGCAAUGGUUUUCUGAGUUUCUAGACUAGUGUCUGUCCCUAGGGAUGCUGUAGAUUGAACCUGAGACCUCCUGCAUGCAAAUUUCAUACAAUUAAGUUACAGUGAUGUGUGUUGAAAAUCAUGUUUCUCUUAUCUACACAACAUGACCAGUCCAGCGAAGUUGAUGUAAUAAUUGCUUCAACACUGGUGAUCUUUGCUUCUUCCAGUACACUGAUAUUAGUUCGCCUGUCUUCCCAAGUGAUGUGUAAAAAAUUUUGGAGACACCGCUGCUGCUGCUGAUGGAUAUGUAACUGGAAAGCCUGGAUCUGUGCCUAGAAAUGCAGAGCAGAGAUGAGCCCGAUAGCCAUAUACAAACAUACUUAAUACUUAGGUAAAGCUCCCUCAGUCAGUUUAUUCAUUCUCAAAAACCUUUCUGUCCCAUUUUUCAGAGUGACUGUGCACCAUUGUAACAUAUUGCUUCUCAUUAUACUGCAUGCCAAUUUUAAUUAGAGCCACAAGCUUCAAUUGGUAGAGUAAUCAACUACAGCUUUAGUUGAUUGAUUGGUGGCUGUCAAUUUUAAUCAGCGAGGGCACCUUUUAAUUGUUGGUGCUGGGAGUUAAAGGUACACUUGUUUCCUUUCAUAUUCCGAAGCCGCUUUGGUUCUGAUACUAUGAAAGAGAAUGAAAAGGGAAUUAUUAAAGAUGGCUUUACCUUUUGAUAAUGAGUGGUAGCUUUCGGCUUUACUACAAUUACUUAUAUCUCACCUUUGGGAUCCAAAUCUUUACCAUGUGGCUUACAAGAAGAUAUAUUACAACACAUUGUUAUGAAGCACAAAGCAUAACAGAGAGUCUUUGUGCUGACCACCUCCGUUGCAAGAAUCCUUCAGAAGGGAAUUGCUGCCAGGAGCAUUAUGUACAGGUGUGUUUUGAUGCAUUGAAUAGAAUGAAGGUUUCUGAGUCAUGGCGGAAGGGAGAGCAUGUGUACAAAUUCAGCAGGGCUUUGUUUGCUUGUUUUGUUGCUAUUUUGUCAAUGUUGUUAAUGUUGUUUUAUAGAUAUGAAUGCUGUUGUACUUUAUGAAUCCUAUAAUAUGAUUUUUUGUGUAACUGUAAUGUUUAGCUUAUUUUUUAGUUGUUUUGUUAGUAGAGUUACAUGGAUGGUAAUUGUUUUAUUUGGGAUUGUUUUACUGAUGAUUUGUGAAGUAUUCUAUAUGAUUUAUGCUGUGUUCGUGAUGUUCCAUUAUGUUAUUUUUAUCUUUUGUUUGUUGUCUUUGUCCAUGGAGUUUUCUUGGCAGGGAUACUGGAGUGGCUUGCCGGUUCCUCCUCCAGGGGGAUCACAUUUGGUCAAAACUCUCCACUAUGAUCUUGGGUGCCCUACUCGGCAUAGUUCUCUGAGUUAUUCAAGCCCCUUCGCCACGGCAAGGCAGUGAUCCAUGAAGGGGAGAGCUGGACAAUAAAGAAGGCUGAUCGCUGAAAAAUUGAUGCUUUUAAAUUAUGGUGCUGGAGGAGACUCUUGAGAGUCCCACGGACUGCAAGAAGAUCAAAUCUCUCCAUUCUUAAGGAAAUCAGCUCUGAGUGCUCCCUGGAAGGACAGAUCCUGAAGAUGAGGCUCCAAUACUUUGGCCACCUCAUGAGAAGAGAAGACUCCCUGGAAAAGACCCUGAUGUUAGCAAAGAUGGAGGGCACAAGAAGAAGGGGACGACAGAGAAUGAGAUGGUUGGAUAGUGUUCUCGAACCUACCAGCAUGAGUUUGACUAAACUGCGGGAGGCAGUGGAAGACAGAAGUGCCUGGUGUGCUCUGGUCCAUAGGGUCAUAAAGUGUUGGACACGACUAAACGACAAACACAAAGUGUUGGACACGACUAAACGACGAACAACAACAUCUUUUGUUUUGGGAUUUAUUUGAAUAAAAGCAGCAUAGAAAUAGAAUCAAUCAAUCAAUCAAUCAAUCACAUACAUUGGCAGCUGGUGGGGUGAAGCCAUGGAGCUGCCCUCUUGUCACUAACCCUAACCCUGAUGGACCUUCCUCACACCCACAAAGGCUGACAUCAUCCAGGCAAUAGCACAUUUAACAGUUUCCUACAGGAGAGCUGGAGCUAGUCUCAUUCAGCCUUGGUAGGAACACACACUUCCUUGGGGUGAAAAGUAUAGAUCUGCUGCCUGGGGCUAUGCAGCUAUUUAAAAGGCAGAGCUUAUCUCAACACACCCUUGAUGGAACACACAGGGCCCUCUAAAGUUCAUUCCCUUCCUCCAUAUCUCUGACUAGCAGUACACAUGAAGAGGGACCAUAGCUCAGUGGUAAAGCAUUUACUUUGCAUAUAAGCAGUCCACCUUUGGUCCCCACUCUGUACUCCUAGAAGCUCUCAGCACGUGACAGCAGCCACACCCCAGGAAUGGCUUUGACUGGUGGGCCAAACCAGCUGAGAGUAGCCGAUGAAUCUCAAAACAUCAGUGAGUAAGAAAGUGAAGAAAGACUCUGGAGGAUUGAUUGAUGAGACCAAUAGGGGUCCAAUGCUCAACAAGGCAGUUUCUGCAUACGCUGUAGAGGGAAGUGAGAGCCAGAUAGGGCUCAUCAACCUCGGAAAGUAGCAUCUUCUAGAAGAAGGGGAGACUCGUAUCCCAAACCUCUGCUGCCUUUAGGUUUAUCUUCAAGAGAAGAAAAGGCUAACGAGUAAACCCAAAUCUGGAGUGGAGUUCCUAACACAGUGGGAUGGUGCCCUGUACGCCUCCCUCCAGCAGCUCCUGCAGCCAAGCUGGAGCCAAACGUAUUGCUCUGCUUUCCUUUGGACCACAUCAGCAAGGUCAAGAGGAAGGUCUUGUCAUCAGGGCAGCCAAGGUCCUCCAUACACACUGCCCAGGCUUGUGGCCCGGGGAGGUCACCUUGGGGCUGCUUUGACUACAUCCCUGGAGGUGCACUUCAUUGCUCUUGAGAGAGAUGAAAGUCAACAACAAGGCAGUCCAAGGUCCUGUCCCUGGCAUCUCAAGGUACAGUCAGUAUGGACAAUACUGUCUAUGCUGCUCCAUUGCUCUGACUCAGUAUAAGGUGGUUCUCUCUGUUUCUGUGUAUUUCACUGAUGCUCACAAUAGGAAGUGUGUGCAUUGGCUGAAGAAGAUGUGGGGAGUUAGCAGAGAGUUCCAUUAAUAUGCCAACCCACCCCAUUGUGUGCAGGUAGGCCCCAGGGAGGAUAGCUUGUGCUUUUGACCCCUACAAAGGAAAAUAUCAAUGUGUUGAAAACAUAGGUGAGCACAUCCAAGAUUAGAAAUAUUAAGCUUAGGUGUAUUAGAAAUAUUAGAAUAUUGUGCUUGGAAACAUUAGCAAAGGAAACAGUCAUGAGAAAUUAAAAUGGAAGGCUAGUAUGCUGAAAGAAAGCAUAUUCGUCAUAAGCGGAGACAAAUAUGACCUUUCCUUUCAGAGAGAUUUCCUUACUGCUGCCUGCAUCAAGGCAGGGUGAAUAAAAUGUGAUAUGUGGAGGCCAUCUGGAAGCCGCAACUAAAACAAAACAUGUCAGCUUAUGGCUGUCAUUAUUAAAUGGUGCAGCAAAAUGCACAUAAUCCAUGCUCCAUGAACUUGAAAUUGACUGCCUUCUAGCUUCUAAUUAGAGAACAAUUUUGACGUUAGUAUGUAAAAUCCUAAAUUUGCUAAGGCCUGGUUGCCUGUGAAACUGGGAAGUUUUGCUCUGAGAAACUGUUUCAUUUACAGGAUGCUGUUGCAACCUUAGAGUUUUUAUAAGACAGCAGUGAUUCACAAGCUGCAGAGGGAUGAUGUCAGCUGUCAGGAUGGACGCAAGUCCUUCCUGGAAAGUGCCUUUUUUAAUGUCCUCAAGGGGUAUUACAGAAGCAGCAGUAGAAUGGGGUAUAGUGUCCUGUGGUUUUUCAAUCCUCUUAACAUUGAUGCAAAGGCCGAACACAACGUUGUUCUUUAUCGCACAACUGUCACGAUAGCUGGAAUGGAAGGCAGGAAUGGUUGGAUAAACCUGCCAUGAAUCUGACCCUCCUGGCACUGUUAGAAUUCUGAUGACUGCAACACAGAUCAUGAAUUGAGGGAGGAUGUUAGAAUUCCUUAUCUAUGAUUGCAGUCAUGGGAUUGUUGUCUUCUCACAUGCUUUGACUCCACAGAGUGGGAAGUGAUGGGAAGUGUGGGAAGAGAUGUGUUACUGUGUUCCGUGAAGUGGGACUAUUAUCCUUUGUUCUUUUUCUCUUUGCUGUCUGAUGUUAGAGAGACAGGGAGCCAUGUUGCAGUGCUCCGUGUGUGUUUAUAUGUAAAUAAGGUAGAUUAGCCAAAAUGCUGAGUUGCUGAGGUCUGUCACGCAAACUCUGUGGAUCCCUAAGUGUGUCUGUGUCGGUUCGGGCUGAAGAAAGCUUAUGAAGCUCCCAAAUGAUCGACCAGGAGGGAGGGAACAUGUCAGUCGGGCAUGUGUCUCUGCCAGGGUCCUACUUGAGUGUAGGCUGAACUCCUGACAGGCACUGUGUCCACACCACAUUGCCCCACAUCUAAGCCCUCCCACUCCCAGGAAGUGACAGCAGCAGAAGCCAGGUGUGUAACACUGCCACACCUUCAUCACCCCACAGAUCACUACUGAGAGUAUGGUUUUACUAAAACAACUUCCAUAUAAACAAAUACUUGUGGCCUAUCAGAAACUUUCAUGGCCAGUUGAUUCAGUCUAGCUUGGAUAGAGACAGACAGAGUCCUAAUAAAAUCUGGGCUGGAACGGGGUUGGAGUCAGAUUUGCUAGAACUGCUGGGAUGAAACAUGGAGGAGACUUCUACAUAUUACACUAGAAAUAAUAAUAAUAAUAAUAAUAAUUAAUAAUAAUAAUAUUUAUACCCCACCCAUCUGGCUGAGCUUCCCCAGCCACUCUGGGCGGCUCCCAAUCAAUUAAAUAUAAAAAAAUCCAUUAAAUAUUAAAAACUUCCCUAAACAGGGCUGCCUUCAGAUGUUUUUAAAAAUAAGAUAGCUGCUUAUUUCCUUGACAUCUGAUGGGAGGGCGUUACACAGGGCAGGCGCCACUACCGAGAAGGCCCUCUGUCUGGUUCCCUGUAACCUUACUUCUCGCAAUGAGGGAACCGCCAGAAGGCCCUCAGCGCUGGAUCUCAGUGUCUGAGUAGAACCAUGGGGGUGGAGACGCUCCUUCAGGUAUACAGGACCGAGGCUGUUUAGGGCUUUAAAGGUCAGCACCAACACUUUGAAUUGUGCUCAGAAAUGUACUGGGAGCCAAUGAAGAUCUUUCAGGACUGGUGUUAUAUGGUCUCGGCAGCUGCUCCCAGUCACCAGUCUUGCUGCCGCAUUCUGGAUUAUUUGUAGUUUCCAGGUCACCUUCAAAAGUAGCUCCACGUAGAGCGCACUGCAGCAGUCCAAGUGGGAGAUAACUAGAGCAUGCACCACCCUGGCGAGACAGUCCUCGGGCAGGUAGGGUCUCAGCCAUAUUUAUCCUACCAUCAGCAUAGUUUUUGCUCUGAGACAUUGGAGCACAUUGUGGUCCAAGAAGCCUGCCUCUCCCUUUUAUCAUGAGGGAGUGGGUUAUAAUUCAUUGACUGAAAGCCGGUCCACACAGGCAUGAUCUUCACCUGGCAUACUCUCCAAAAUUUAUCUGAUGAAAAUAGGGACAUCCUAUUCAAUAAUAAUAAUAAUAAUAAUAAUAAUAAUAAUAAUAUCCCCACCCAUUUGCCUAGGUUGCCCCAGCCACUCUAGGCAGCUUCCAACAUAUAUAAAAACACAAUAAAACAUUAAACAUUUCAAAACUUCCCUAAACAGGACUGCCUUCAGAUGUCUUCUAAUGGUUGUAUAGUUUCUUUUCUUCUUGGCUCUGGGGUCACAAUGCUCAUUAUCCAGAGCUUCAAAUUUAGCAAAGUCAACAAUAAUGAUAUUUGAGUCCCUGGAUUAUGAUGUCCACAUGGAGACAAACAAAUGUCCAUAGCUUUUAUUCCACAAAUAGAUAAUAUUUUAAACUGAAUUGAAUAAAAGUGGGUUUCAGAAUGAACAUUAAUUCACCAUAGAGGGAUAAACCAGCUCCUUGAGUAAUUAGGUAUUUUAUAGAAGUUUUAUUUGCACAAAUAUAUUGUGUCCUCUCUACUUAGCUAUAAACAUUUCCCUCCAUGUAUAAUAGAACCCUUUUAGCAUUUACAGUACAGCUCAUUACUGUGCAUAUAAAUUAGCCUUUUUUAUAUGCUAAAAGUGAUGUGUGUUGAAAAUCAUGUUCCCUAAUAAUGCAGUGCAGUUUGCCUCCCCACAUUAAAAGAAAAAAAGUUAUACAGUUGUAUUGUCUUAGGUGAAAACCCUCAAAAUUAACAAAUUAUAAGGAACACGGGAACUUAUUCAUAUUGAGUCCAUCAAGCUCAAUCUUCUAGUAGCAGCUCUCCAGGAGUUUCACCUGGCCCAACCUGAAGCUUCUGGGAACUGAACCUGGGGGUUAAACCAGGGACCUUGUAGAUGCAAAGCACAUGCUCUGUCAUGGACUGGACUGAACAGGAAGGCUGGGAAAUGUCACCUCGGUCUGCUCGGCCCCUCUCGGACGAGGAGGGGAAGGGGAAAGAUUUGCCCCCCUUGUCUCCAGCAGUUUGAAGAGGAAAAGGAGACAGGGCUGAAUUACAGCUGAAUGAAGUUACAAGAUCGUCAUGAAUGAGCCAGCCGCCAGGGAAGGUUUACAGCCAGCCCCCUCUGAAGGUUUGCAACCAGAUCCCAGUGAAGGUUUGCAACAAGCUGAAGAAAGCUGCCAGGAACAGAGAGGGUUAACUGCCAGGCAGGCUGAGCAUCAGUGAGUGCCAACUCCCCCACCCCUUGGAAUGCCAGUUGAUAAGAGAAUGGGUGGGAGUGAGCUGGAACCCAGGCAACGCUCUACUAGCGAGAACAGAGAAAGAAGCAGUUUGUCAGAACAGGAAGAGAUUGGAGCUAAGCCAAUCCCUCCUAAGGGCCAAUCCUCCACCAGGGCCAGGACUUUUUCAGUGACGGCUCCAACUUGGUGGUAUGCUCUGUCCCACGAGACUAGGGCCCUGCAGGACUUGAUCUCCUUCUGCAGGGCCUGUAAGACAGAGCUAUUCCACCUCGCCUUCAGUUUGAAUUAGCCUGAUCCUCUAUUCCCUUUUCCCCUUUCCUCUUCUAUGAAGAAACCCUUUCUGGGACCCCACAUUUAAACUCUUCCCUGGUCUCCUUACUGGCCCUAGUAGGACCAACUUGACCAGAUAGCCCUGGUGAUCAUUUGAUGUCUACUGACUGGGUCCCUCCCCCCCCAAAAAAAAUGACCCCUGAAUUUUUGAAUUUUAUUGAUAUUGAUGCUGCAUUUUAUGUUUUAUUUUAUGCUGUUUUAUGCUGUUUCUAAGUCGCAUUUUAAUCAAUGUUUUAUAUUUGCUGUUAGCCACCCUGACCCCGGUUUUUAAACUGGGAAGGACAGGGUAUAAAUAAAUUAUUAUUAUUAGUAGUAGUAGUAGUAGUAGUAGUAAGAAUAGGCUAAGGGGAGGGCUGUUAGACCGGAAACAAGUCAAAAGGCACAAAGUGAUAAAGUUCAAUAUCUUCUGUAACCGGAAGGAAAGCUCAGUAGGGUCAUCAUGACUGGUGAGACUGGUGGCUUGUUAGAGUCAUACGGAGAACUCUGUUUUUACAAUAAAUCUUCCCUUUUAAUUUACUACGCUUGCUGUGUUAUCAAAACGGGAACCGGGACUCCUGACAGAGAUGGGGGGCGGGAGUGAGAGAGCAGCCAGCAGAGACCUCCCUGGAGAUUCUGGGAGAUCCUCCUUCUCCAAGGGCCAGUCAAUCACUCCAUAUUCAAGAACAGAGAAUGCAGAGGUGUGUGACUCCUGGUACUCAGGAUGUUGUUGGGGACAGAAGAGGAGAGACUUAGAGUAGGCAUCGUCUCCUUUCCGUGGAGACAUGGAUUCUUUGUCUUGCAACCAGAUGACUGAAUAAAAACCAUAAAUACGAACUUGCUUGUUCUUCUUGCCUUUGAUGCUACUGGGGGAAGAGAGCAUCCUCCAUGCCUGACAUGCUCUACAAAUGAGCCACAACCCACCCUGCUAGAUAAGAGGGAUCUGAAAUUAUUAUUGUUAUUAUUACAUCCUACAUCACACUCUGGGUGCCUUACAGCAUAUCGAAAAACACAAGAAAAAUAUCAAGCAUUAAACCUCCUGAUACAGGGCUGCCUUCAGGUGUCUUCUAAAAGUUGUGUAAUUCUUUAUCUCCUUGACAUCUGAAGGGUGUCUCACAGGGAGUGUGCCACUACUGAAAAGGCCCUCUGCCUGUAACUUUGUGUCUUGUGGUGAAGGAACCAGCAGAAGACCCUUGGAAGAUGACCUCAGUGUCCAGGUUGAGCGAUGGGGGUGGAGACGCUCCAUUUUAUAUUAUUAACUGCAUGUGAUGAAUUUAGAAGUCUCUAAAGCAAGUGUGGGGAGACCUUUUGCAGUCGGGGGGGGGCACAGUCUUUUGCUUCUAAAUAGUUCCAGAAAAUUGCACCAAAUCUAGUCAGUGGGUUCCAUGGGUUUAUAGAUGCAUGGAAUUCAGUUUGUAUCAAAGUAUGUCCUACAAUUUAGCCUCCCUUUUUACCACUUGGUUACGGGAUUGCAGCCCACUCUACAGCCUUGUCUCCAACUAGGUUUGGGCUCCCUGUGUGAUGCAAUGCUCUGUUUCUUCUGAUUCUAAUCCACUUCUCCAACUAGAUUGUUCAACACAAAGAAGCAAUAGAACUUCCUGUUGUGGGAGAAGACACACCAACAACAGUGACUCUCGGAAGGCAGACCCCUCUAAGAACAUAAUGUUUUCAUAUUUUUUUUCUUUUUUAUAAUACUCCCUAACUGGUUUUUAUUCUGUAUCUCUGUUCUCAAGAGAUUGCUUUCUGUACCUCUUAGAGAUGUUUAAACAUUAAGUGGUUUAGAAAUGUUUCUAAAUAAAACAACAAACUUGAAGGUAUGAGUGCUUCCAAUGAAGAACAAUGGCUUGAAAUGCAUCGAUACCACAAAGCGAUAUCAGGGUGUUGUUACUGUUGUUGUUGUCAUUUGCAGCACCUAGCAGUUCACCCCAUCUUUUCUGCCCUCCAUGUGACCCCAUUUCACUGAGGGUGGUGAUAGUACAUGGCACAAGACAGUCUCAAGGCCUCUUCACGUGCUCAUCAUUACCAGUGGACCUCUGAUGGAUCCUCAGAAGACCUCAUUGGUCCUCAAUUCUAAUUGGACUGAGCAAAAAUGCCUCUACCUCCAAUGCUUUGUGUUCAGAUUCCUUCACUAAGCAAAACCAACUGGGUGAAUCCCAGUUCAAUGUGAUAACUGAGCUCAGAGCCUCUGCAGCUCAUAAGCAAAGAAAAACAUCAGUUGCUGGAGAAGCUUGAUUUUUCUCCCUGCCACCCCCAUUCUUCUCCAUGCCAUUAACACUUUUUUAUUAUUAUAAAAGUAUUUCAGCCAACCAUUGUCCGCCUUUGCUGAAUGUCUCUUUAACAACUCUGCUCCAAGCUUUAUUGGACAUUGCAAUACUCUCUUAGUGUCAAAUUGCUGCAUUGUGAAAGUCAAAGAGAGUAUGUUGAUUCUGCUCCUAAGUGACAUUGCCGAAGCGUGGCAUACAUUUAGUAACCUGCCUGACAAGUUGUCUCUUUCGCAGAGGGGUUACAAAAAAUAAAUAAAAAUGAUCUGACCAUGAUUGAUGGCGGAGUUGCCCCUUCUCGGUGAUGGGGAAAAUAAGUUGAGUCAAAAUAGAUCUAGCUACAUUAUGGUGCUUCUCUCUUUACUGCUGCAGUCUCAUUUCUCUUCAUUUAGAUAAGAGAGUUUUGCUUUGAACACUCUUAUUCCAACAGCCUCCAAUAUACCAACCACUGUGCUUAUUACUUUCUUCUUUUCACUUUGAAAUUACUUCAGAGACAUUGUUUCAUUAAAGGGGAAGACUUUUCAAACUAUGCUUACCAAUGUUCGUAGAACAUGUCAAGGACAACUGUGCUGAAUAUUAGAGUCCCAGAUAGGGCGCUCAUGCUGUGUUGUUUAUAUUUGGGUAUUUAUUAUUGAAAGCAGUGUAGCAUAGUGAGUAUGCUUGGUUAACAUGUGGUACAAAGUGCAUAAAGCAACUGAUCCAUGCACAGCUCUGUGAGGUUGGUGUCACAUUUAAAUUGGGGCUGCUGGCAAUGUUAGAACCAUGGGGGGGAGAACCUAUCAUCUGUAGGGAUGCUGCCUUGGCCCCCUGAAGUUUCCACUGAGAAAAUGCCCACCCCCUUUAUAAAAUAUUUGGAUUGUAUUUGGAAGAUUUGAUAGAGAGGUUGGAGAGAAUUGAGUCUGAGCACAUUAAGACACCUUCAGCAAUUGGUAGCAGAGAAAGGUUGUCCUGAAUUUGGGGUGUUGUUGUUUAGUCGUUUAGUCGUGUCCGACUCUUCGUGCCCCAUGGACCAGAGCAUGCCAGGCACUCCUGUCUUCCACUGCCUCCUGCAGUUUGGCCAAACUCAUGCUGGUAGCUUCGUGAACACUAUCCAACCAUCUCGUCCUCUGUCGUCCCCUUCUUCUUGUGCCCUUCAUCUUUCCCAACAUCAGGGUCUUUUCCAGGGAGUCUUCUCUUCUCAUGAGGUGGCCAAAGUAUUGGAGCCUCAGCUUCACGAUCUGUCCUUCCAGUGAGCACUCAGGGCUGAUUUCCUGCAGAAUGGAGAGGUUUGAUCUUCUUGCAGUCCGUGGGACUCUCAAGAGUCUCCUCCAGCACCAUAAUUCAAAAGCAUCAAUUCUUUGGCAAUCAGCCUUCUUUAUGGUCCAGCUCUCACUUUCCAUACAUCACUACUGGGAAAACCAUAGCUUUUCCUAUACGGACCUUUAUAUAGCUUUUUACCAUACUAUACUAUACUAUACUACACUACACUAUACUACACUAGACUAGACUAGACUAGACUAUACUAUACUAUACUAUACUAUACUAUACUAUACUAUACUUAUAUAGCUUUUACUAUACAGAAUUUGGGGUACAGGGCCAAAAAGCACCAAAACUGGAGGUAUUUUUGAUGGGGAAGAUUUUUCUGAAUUUUAGUACCCUCUCCCUCUCUUAUCACCAAUUUAGUAAUGCACCUACCUUUUGCUACCAGGGGUUGGUCUUACCAUUUUUUUCUGACUUAAAAGGUUCAGCGGGUGGCGUCUUAACAGUAGACGAAAAAACAAACAAACUAGGGACAUUUUUUUCCUUGUGAGUGCUUUUGUUGUGAUUUAAGGGUUCAGAGGUGGUGGGCUUACCAUUGUCGGUGAGGUCGUGAUGCAGCAACAGCACUUUUCAUUCUCAAAUUUAAGAGGCUGAAGAGGAGUUACUCUCAGUGGUCAGGUCACCAUUUUCCUCAAGAUUACACAAGAGGUCGCAAUAUGAUUCUGAGGCAUUUCAGAAGGCAAAUGUGCUGGAAAAUUCCAUUCCACCUUUAGUUGCAGACAUGGAACUGUUGCAAGUCACAUGCCUGUUUACAUACCAGCACAGCUUGCUGGGAGCUUCCGUGUGUGUAUAGCUUUUGCUUUUCUCUCUGUCUCUCUGAGAAGACAAAGAGAGAGAGAACAUGUUUCUUUGUCCUGAUUUGUGAUUAAUAAAUCCGUAGUUGUAGUAUGCUUCCACAAGCCUCACGCCUAUUCUGUGUGUGCAGUUCGCUCAGCUGAGAUACAGGUAGUGUGCCCUGGCUUUGAAGCCUGGGUCGCUGAUUUACGUCAGAGCAGAGGCCAAUGGGUCUUCGCAGCGGGACAGCUGGAAGGAGACGACCCAGCUGGGGCUAGCCAGUUGGCCUUGUGCCCUGGCUUUGAAGCCUGGGUCGCUGAUUUACGUCAGAGCAGAAGCCAAUGGGUCUUCGCAGCGGGACAGCUGGAAGGAGACGACUCAGCUGGGGCUAGCCUGUUGGCCUCUGUAUGCCAACAAAAUGGUGCUGUCUACCAUUUCUUUGUUGUUGACCAUCAUUUUCCCCUCUAGAAUGUGCAGCAAAGAUGGAGGAAUGGCACCCUCCAACCAACAGCCACUAACAGGAGUUCUUCAUCAACAUUCUUACAAAAAUGAUAAGAAAACAACCAUUGCUGCUUUGUUGUGGCCUUCAUAAGAACAUGAGAAGAGUCUGCUGGAUCAAGCCAAUGGCCCAACUAGUUCAUCAAUCUGUUCUCAUAGUGGCUAACCUGAUACCUAUGGCAAGCCUAUAAAAGAGAGCCUGAAUGCAACAGCACUCUCCGCACUAAAGAUUUGAGCAAGAUCCAAGAUCAUAAAUGCAGAUGUUUGAAGGAGCUGCAGCAUGGAGAUGAGAAAGAGCCAUGUUGCUGUGUCACUCAUACCAUCAUACACGUGGUCUUUUGUAGGGAAAAGGGUGGUGCUGUGGUCUAAACCACUGAGCCUCUUGGGCUUGCCGAUCAGAAGGUCAGCGGUUUGAAUCCCCAUGACAGGGUGAGCUCCUGUUGCGCUGUUCCAGCUCCUGCCAACCUAGCAGUUCAAAAGCAUGCAGUGCAAGUAGAUAAAUAGGUAAUGCUGUGGCAGGAAGGUAAACAGCAUUUCCAUCAUGGUGUUCCAUUGUGCCAGAAGCAGUUUAGUCAUGCUGGCCACAUGACAUGGAAAGCUGUCUAUGGACAAAUGCCGGCACCCUCGGCCUGAAAACGAGAAGAGUGCCACAACCCCAUAGUCGCCUUUGACUGGACUUAACCUUCCAGGGGUCCUUUACUUUUACCUAUACUUGGUUUUUAUACACUUUAGAUAAUGUAGUAAAGAUAUUCUACAACUGUCAACUACUUUGAGAGGAAGAGUGAGAUAUUACAACAACAACAACAGUCAUCUGUAGGGAAACUAAAUAAUAAGUAUACAAGUAUGGUAUGACACACUGAAAUUGCAUUGAUCAGCUUGGACAGAGGAGUGUUUGUUUUAAGGGACUUAACUUUGUAAAGUAUGUGAGAUCAAGCCCAAUGUUUUCCAGUGUCCUGAGGUACGUUGAACCUGACAGUUUUAGAUGUAUAAGGCUAUGUCAGAAGCUUGUUUGGUUGAGCCAAAAGUCUUCAAUAAGAACUUUCAUGAACCAACAUGAAGGAUGGAAGAACUUUGGAGGUGAAACUAACAAGGAGCAAACUGAGCAGCAGUCAAUCUUUCUUUUGUAAGAUUGUUGCUUGCCACAUGGGUUUCAGGUCUUUCUCCCUCUUUACUUUACAUACACACAUUCUCUCUCUCUCUCUCUCUCUCUCUCUCUCUCUGUCUCUGUCUCUGUCUCUCUGUCUUUCUCAUAUCUCAUUCCAGGGCAUUUUUGUGUGUUGGGGGGAGAGGGAUGACUGUUGCCAGUAGGAGGUGUUACUUUCUUAAAAAAAAAUGCUGCAUCUGGGACAUUCAGUGAUGGGGAGUGGCUGCUGUCUGCUGGCAAUCAGUGAAAAGAGCUCUGUGCUGUCACAAAAGGCAACCAUAUAUAGUAAAAAAGAAAGAAAGAAUGACCGCUCCCCACAUCAAAUGGGUGGGGGGGCUUUUGCACGGUCGUGCGCAGCCCCUCCCCCCCCGAUCCCAUGUGGCUCCCGGAAGUACAGCCUGGAUCCCCCCCCCCCCGGCUGGACACUUGGAGCUAGCUGCCUACCUCUGUCAGUUACUCAAUCCCAGCUGGGGAGGCGUUGCCAGAUGAGAGUUGGCCAGGUAAGAAGAGGGAUCGCCCAGCCCACACAAUAGUGGGCAGAACUUACCUGGGAGUUCUCAGUUGGCUUCAGAGCUUCUCCCACCCUGCCCCCCUCCAGUUAAGCCUUCUUUUGUAGGUUAACCUCUUCUUCACAGAUACGCGGGUGCUGCUACAUUAUGGUUGCUGUUGAAGGGCCGGAAAGGAAUUUUCCUGCCUUGGCAGGUUUUGCCUUCCCUGUACCAAAACGUCACAACUUUGGCAGUUUCAGGCUUUGGGUGGAAUCCUUUAGUCUAUCUUCCCUAAAUGGGGGGUGGGGGUGGAGCAGUGACCCACGACCCCCUGUGGCAGCGAUCCCAGGGUUCCCCAUUAAAGGGGUUGUUUUGAGGGGAGCCAUGGGCUAUACACCAUUAGGUUGUCAUUGCUCCCCCCUGCGACAGUGGCGAAUGGGGGGGGCUCUUUGUUUGAACAUAUGUACUCCAGAGCCAGCCCAAUCCCCACACAUUCUGGAUAACCCUGAUGUUCCCCAGAUCCCUAGCCAAGGACUUGGAGGGAUAAACACCGAAUGCCUAAGCCAAGGUCUCCCUAUAUCUGAAGUUUUAAUAAAGUUGUGGCCAAAUUUUAAUCCCAUAACACAUUGUCUUGAGUCAUUAUUCCACGUGGGUGACGCCCAGGAUCGGGGGGGUCUCCACCUACCCACGCAAAUAAAACAGUCAUGUAACUGCUGUCAAUACUAAUAGUACGUCCUCAAAACCUCUUAAGAAAUGUUGGUCUUCCUAAUAUUGAAUUGAGAUGAGGUGGGGGGGGGGGAGGGAAUGUCACAAGAGCCUUGGAAUAAUAUACUGCUUGGGAUGAUGUGACAGCCCAGCACAAAAAAACGUGGCCCACUAAUGCCUGUUGACUUCUCCCAAAACUAAUGGUAUCAGUUGGUCUUCAUACUUUCAGCAAUAUGAUAUAUUUUUUUCCCAUUUGAGAACAUGUCACACAGUCCAAUAGUUCCAUUUGCCAUUCAAGACAUUAUACUCGCAGAGAAAAAAUUACCUCAGUUUUCAAAACUAUUUGCUACUGAGCUUCACACUGUGCUCUUCUGCAGUCAUUACACUGGGUAUGCAUUACUCUGGCCUCACAUGCCAAUUUAAAACAGCAGUUGGCGUGCAUGUUGCCAAGCUCCAGCUUUCUAAUGGUACUCAGAGAUCCAUCUGGACACAUUUUAUUCAGUGUUCUGGGGCAAGCUGACCUCAAAUUUUUAGAUAAAUGGUUAAUUGUUAAUAUUGCGCAGCUAGGGAUUUAUUUUUAAACUUUGAGGGGGGAUCUAUUUCCUACCUUGAUUGUUGUUAUGUAGGCAGUUUUGCAUGUUGGGUUUCGUUAAGGAAAAGUUGUGAGGUGAAUUGGACUGAUUUAUUCGGUUUCCACUCAAACUCUUAUCUGAACUUGGUGUGAAUUCUAGGCAAGCAGAGCCCACUUCUCUGGCCCAUAAGUCCAAGGGUCAAUAAUUGUGUUACUUAUAUGUUAUGUUAAUUGUUAAUGACUUAUGACCAUGUUUGAGAAUGUUUUAAAUUUAAUCUCAGGCUUCAGGAGGGGACAUCAUUUCCACUCAGACUUCAGCAUAAAGGGAAGGGAGAUUUAACCCUCCAUCCCCAUCCACAAUCCCAUCAGAAAUCCUCCCACCACCCAUACCGUGUGCUAAUAACUUAUAAAAAAAUCCUCUGAUGUGACUGUAAGCUACACAAAUCACAUAAAAAGUGGCUAGGUUCAGACAUGGGUGUUCAUUUUUCAUUAACAGUGUCAGAAUGAUGAGGAACCAUGAAUGAGUACUCUUUGUGGGAAUGUUCAGGGAUGCAGGAAAGGAUAUUUUGUUUGGUUAUAUCCUUUCCAACUUGUGUUAACAAGUUCUACAAUUUAGCAGAGUAACACUCCCCUUUUUUAAACUUACACAGCGGAUGCGUUUGCUCAGGCUUGCUAAAGCCUCUAAAAUAAGUUAUCUGGUAAUUUCCCCUUUAGUCCCUCAUAAAAGAAAUAGACACGACACAGUCUUCUAUAACAGUAUAAAAAGAGUUUACUCACUCACAUUCUGUUCACAGAUGGAUCCCAGAAGGCAGACUUAAGUUACAAAAGUAAUAUACCUGGAAUCUAUCCCAUAAAGAGAUACCAGUAGUCCCUUUGUCCUCUCUUUGGCUAAGCAGAUAUUGCUUCUUUGACAAAUGUAGUCACAGAGAAAGAUGGCAGCCUCCGAUGAGUUAUUUUGUUACCUGCAUAGGUGAGGUCAUGACCACCUCUGGACACAUGUAGAGGACGUCUGUCCCAGCCUAGGAGGAAACAGGAAGUUCCGACUGGCUGGUCCAGACAUCCCCUUUUUAUGUCCACUCUAGGGAUAUUGUACUUGACUGCUCUGUGUUUCACAUCCCACACUCUUCAGAUUCAGUCAAUCAAUCAGCUACAAAUGUACCUAACAGUUACAUUAUCCAUCCCACCUUUUACCAGCUUCUUCACAAGAAUAUAAUGGAGGAUUUUGUAAAAACCUUACUGAAAUCAAAAUACACUACAGAUCUCUUGACCUUAGAUGUUCAUGAAAAGUUAUAUUACAUAAAGAAUACAAAAUAAAACAGAGAUUCUAGUUAGCAUGAUGGAACUCCCUCAGGUCAUAUGCAGAGUAACAUAACAUGACCCACCAUAGACUAGUUUAGGGUUACAAGGAGACAUGCUAGAGAAGAAUCUGUUGGGUGUAGUGAAGAGUUAACCUUCUGUGUCUCGAGGCUGAGAGGAGGCGCUUACAAGGGAAGUAAGCCGUGACGAAAGCAGCUUGGAAUGCUGUGAGCUGAGUGAAAAGUGAAAGCAGCUUUGUUACGCAGCUGCACACUGAGAGAGAAGGACGCAGAGAAAAAUGCAGCUUGAAUCAGAUGGAAUUUCUUGCUUGUAAAUAUGCUACUUUUGAGCAAAUAAAGUGAUAUUAGGACAGAAGAGACGUGUGGGACUUCUUUUACUGCCCUUUCAACACGGAAGCUGUGCAAUUCUGCUAAUUGCUUUACGACCUGCAGUGAUAUUAGGACAGAAGAGACGUGUGGGACUUCUUUUACUGCCCUUUCAACACGGAAGCUGUGCAAUUCUGCUAAUUGCUUUACGACCUGCAGAGGCGUGCAGGGGAAGCAUGCCGGACGCCGAACACUAAAGCAAUAAAUCUACCUAACAGAAUCCCUCACCCAAGAUGAACUUCUAUUUUUAAUAUACUUAUUUUUUUUAUUUACUUAAUUAAUAUUUACCGGUAAACUAAAAUACAAAGAGGGGAGGGAGACAGAAUAGAGUGGACCGAGUGGUGGUUGACCUAUUGCAGCACAGUGGUACCUCAGGUUAAGAACUUAAUUCGUUCUGGAGGUCUGUUCUUAACCUGAAACUGUUCUUAACCUGAAGCACCACUUUAGCUAAUGGGGCCUCCUGCUGCCGCUACGCCGCGGCUGCACAAUUCCUGUUCUCAUCCUGAAGCAAAGUUCUUAACCCAAGGUAAUAUUUCUGGGUUAGCUGAGUCUGUAACCUGAAGCGUAUGUAACCUGAAGCGUAUGUAACCCAAGGUACCACUGUAUAUUGAAAAAUGGGGUGAUAUGAAUUUUUUUACCAAAUUUCUUCAGAAGUAAGUAGAUUUUAGUUAGCAUUUCAGUGAUGAAACUUGAGUUCAUGGAAAAGAUACCAAUUUGGAGGAAGAAGAAAAAACACUUUUCAGAGCUGCAGGGUAUCUUUAACAAUUUUUGGGGCUUUGAAUUUCUACAUUUAAAAAGUGAAACCCAAAACUUAAAUUUUGUGGGAUCAGCUUCAGUUGCUCAGCCUGAGAUUGUAGACAGGACUUUUGCAGCACUGUGUCUAAGUGCCCUCUCAAUUCUGUAAUCUGUAACAGCUGCCGGCUCCCUGGAAUUAGUUACAGUUUCACAGUCUCCCUCUAGGGGGAAAACUUCUAUUUGUUCUUGCAACAAAGUUUUCCUUUUUGAGAUAUUUUGUUGAUAUUUGUUCCUUUAAACUGCGAAAGGAAACAGUGGAAUCACUAUGUUUCUCUUCUUUUAGCUAUCUAUCAAAAACGUUUGUCUCUGGUCAAUGAGCUUCAAACGUCAGUCCUGACACCCCGCUCCAGGAUCAGGACGGUGGAAAGUUACUUUACUUUAAACUCACUUCUGCAGGUUUAAACAGUCCAAAAAAGAUCCCCCUUCUUCUCCUGCUGUUGAAGGGGGGUUCCACAAUUUUAAAUGAUGAAAUCCAAUCCUUUAGAGGCGAUUUUCUGAGCUCUAGUCUACGUUGUCUUUGCUUUAUUCUGUCUACAAAAGAACGGAAGGCUGACUUCCUGUUUAGACCUUCCCGUUUCAGUACCAAAUUGAAAUAAAUUUUUAAGUCCAAUUCCUUUCUGCUCGCAAGUCCUUAUUUAAAGUCCAGUUGUUCAAAGUUUAAGUACUCACGGGUGCUUAUUUUAGAAUCCAAAUUGUCCCAGGAAAAAGGCAGCGCUCUCCGGCAACGGCUAUGCGGCUUUGCUCCACGGAAAUAGCAGUUGACUCACAGCACUGCGCCACUUCCCCCUCUUCACUUCGGAGCCCGUUAGUGGGUUCCUUUGCGAGUUGGGGGGGUGCUAAGGGUGCCCGCCGAGUCCCAUGGUCACAGGCUUCAUCCGCCUGUGAUUUUUAAAGGGGUCCCCGCUUCGCCGUAGCGGAGAAGACCCGUUUCGCGCGGAGCUAGUCCCUCCAGUUCAGAGGGAGUCCGCCAUUGCCGAUGGCGCCACCCCAGAAGUCUCUGCAUUAUUAUCAAUUUACGAUGGGGUAGAAGCUUCACAGGCUAUGAAGGACUUGCUCACAAAUUUAUUGAUAGCUGCAUGAAUCAUGAUAGCUAGGAAGUGGAAGGGGGAAGCAGAAUAUAAAAUGGAAGAAUGGUAUAAAGAGGUGUGGGAUAUAGCUAUUAAUGAUAAAUUAACAUGUGCCAUUAAGGUAAGAUGGGAAAUAUGCAGGAGAAAUGAUUUUGAGGAGAUAUGGAGGGUGUUUGUAGAAUUUGUACUGUUAACACCCUCCCACCAGAUGUUAAAGAGAAAAAAACAACUGCCAGACUUUCAGAAGACAUCUGAAGGCAGCCCUGUUUAGGGAAGCUUUUAAUGUUUAAUAGGUUAUUGUAUUUUAAUAUUCUGUUGGAAGCCACCUAGAGUGGCUGGGGAAACCCAGCCAGAUGGGCGGGGUAUAAAUAAUAAAUUAUUAUUAUUAUUAUUAUUAUUAUUAUUAUUAUUAUAUGGAAAGCGGUCAAACCAUCGCAAGAGGUGUUGGAAUUUUGAGAGGUUGGAUAGUAACAAUGGAAUGGUCUCAGUCGUGGGGUUCACAUUUUUAUUCUUAUAUAUUUGUGAUCAUUAAUUUGUCAAAAAAUAAAAUAAAAAAAGAAAGUACAGUGGUACUUUGGGUUAAGAACUUAAUUCGUUCUGGAGGUCCGUUCUUAACCUGAAACUGUUCUUAACCUGAGGUACUACUUUAGCUAAUGGGGCCUCCCGCUUCCGCCACACGAUUUCUGUUCUCAUCCUGAGGUAAAAUUCUUAACCUGAGGUACUAUUUCUGGGUUAGCAGAGUCUGUAACCUGAAGCGUCUGUAACCUGAAGCCUCUGUAACCCAAGAUACCGCUGUAUAAAAUAUAAAUAAAUGUAUAAAAUAUAAAAUAUAACACAUUGGAGAACUAGGGCGAAACUACCAACAUGAUUUAAAUAGAGACACAUGUAAGGUUAGGCAGGAAGAACCAGUUGCACAAAUAUAAGAUGGGGGACACCUGGCUUCCUAGCAGCACAUGUGAAAAGGAUCUAAGGGUUGACAUAAGUCAACAGUGUGAUUCAGCAGCAAAAAAAGAGCUAAUGCUAUUCUAGGCUGCAUCAACAGAAAUAUCGUGUCCAGAUCAAGGGAAGUAAUAGUACCACUCUGUUCUGCUUUGCUCAGACCACACCUGGAAUACUGUGUCUAAUUCUGGGCACCACAAUUUAAGAAGGAUGCUGACAAGCUGGAACAUGUACAGAGGAGGGCAAUGAAGAUGAUCAAGGGUCUGGAAAUGAAGCCUUAUGAGAAGCGCUUGAAGGAGCUGGGUAUGUUUAGCCUGGAAAAGAGGAGACUGAGAGGAAAUAUGAUAGCCAUCUUCAAAUAUCUUAAGGGCUGUCACAUUGAGGAACUAGCAUGCUUGUUUUCUCCUGCUCUGGAGGGUAGGACUCAAACCAAUGGCUUCAAGUUGCAAGAAAGGAGAUUCCGACUAAACAUUCAGAAAAACUUUCUGACAGCAAGAGCUGUUCAGCAGUGGAACAGACUCCUACGAGAGAUGGCAGAGUCUCCUUCCUUGGAGGUUUUUAAACAGAGGCUGGAUGACCAUCUGUCAUGGAUGCUUUCACUAAGAUUCCCCGCAUUGCAGGGGGUUGGACUAGAUGACCCCUGGGUCCCUUCCAACCCAAAGAUUCUAUGAUUCUAUGAAGUUGAUCUGAAUUAAUGACAGCCAUACACCAGUUUCAUAUUCAAAACUGCUUCCCGUCCUAACCCCUUAUUGAUUGCUAUAUAUAAAUUAUACAUUAGACAAAUAACAUACAAAAAGAUCAAUAAAUGUGUCACCCAUUGUCUAUAAACCUUUAUCAUAAUCACAUGUCAGAUUUUUGUGUGUGAAUGAAAUACAAUGGUUUCAACCAGUUUCUAGUAGCCAAUAAUCAAAUGUAGAGCUUGGGGUACAUUUAAACAAAGCUUAGAUCAACUCCCCAGAUGUUCAGUGUCCAGGGGUUCAGUGCCUAGCACCCAGAAACUCAUGGCAAAGGGGAGACAGACACCAACAAACUCAUAACAUUUUACUUCCUUGCAACCUUAGGAAAGCUGUUUGGCAGAACACACUGGGCAGAAAUUGAAAGAAAAAGGGGGAUGAGGAGGUCUAAGGAGGAAGUCCUGCUCCUGUCCAUCAUAAUACUAGACAGAUUACUACAGGGUGUUGAGAGGAGUUAUUUUUAACUCUUAAGUGAGAAACAGCAUCCAUAGUCUAGGCUAGAAGUGUUUUCCUUUGGUGACCCCCUCCAUGUUGAAAAGUGUGUGUGUUUGUGUGCAUUUCCUGUCCUUUCCAGAAAAUCAUGGUGUUACAUGAAAAGGGGUCUAGAACUUUUUUUAAUGAAUUAAAUAAAACUGCUUAAUCCACUAAAAGAUACAUUUUAAAAUGUAUAUUAAGGGGAGGGAUGCCCAUUGUUCCAUUGUUAAGCAAGGUAGCUAAAGUAAUGGUGUCAUGUCCUCCGUUGUGACAUGUCCCCCUGCUGAGUGACUUGGCUGAAGACUUUGGGAAGAGCAACUAUUUGAGGAUAGUUAGUCUAGGCGAGAGGAGCGAAUUUUUGGAACAACAAAAAAACACCUCAGGGCCACCUUAGAUGCUUUGAGGGAAAUGGCUUGCCUUCUCCCUUGUAGGCAUCAUCACAAGAAGGGCAUCUCCCAGUUUUGGAGGGUCUUUUGACAAGAUGCACUCUCCAUGAGAGGUUUCUGAAAGCAAGUUCAGCGGCCGGGUGCCCCCAAUGCAGUGUAGAGAUAGAAAGUGUUGAGGAAAUAACUAUAAUCCAUUACCUGACCUUCUUUCUUUUCUUCCCUAGAUUUCAAAGGCUGUGCAGGCUGCUGGCCUCCUACUGUGACCCACCGAAACAUGAUGUCCUGGUCUAUAAGGAAGAGGAGGACAAGAAGGAGGAAUUAGUGGCUGUGACCAAAAAAAGGGAACUGGUAAUCAAAAUCAGAGUAAUCCAUCUUCAACUCAAGGCUCAGGGGAUGGAUGUCACUAAGGUAAGAGAUCACCUGUGUUCAUGAGGAACAGUGAGGCCAGAGAGAAUCUGGCUCACUGGGGAGGAAGGAGGCAGGUCACUGAUGCAAGAACUUCCGGGACAUCCCUUUUGAAGAAGAGAGAGAAUCAUUUUCCAUUACAUUUUCCAUUACGGUGUAGUGCCCACUGCAGUCUCUCAGGUUUGCAGGUGUGCCCAUCGGUUCAAAGGGUUGGCAACCCAAGUUAGACUGCUGGACCAGGACUGGGGGACCAGGGUUCAAAUCCCCCCUCACCCAUAGAACUGAAUGGGUGGCCUUGGGUGCUCACUGCCUCUCGGCCUACCUCACAGAGCUGUUGUGAGGAUGGGAUGAGGGGAGGAGACUCACGUAAGCCCCCCUGGGGUCCUUGCAGGGAAAAGGGGAUAUCAAUGGAAUAAUAAAUGCAUAGUGAAUGAAAAAAAAUAAGAAUCUUUUCCUUUUCCUUCCAGGCAGAAAACAAUCUCCAGCCCAGCUCCCCUCCAAAAACACCCACAAUCCAAAAUAUACAAAUAAAUAGAUAA